UUCAAAGCUAGGACUCUCACGUCUGGUUUUAAAUGCCCAACAAGGCAUAAAAUUAAAAAAAAACACAUUUAUUUCAUUUCUUUUUGCUGUUAAGUGUCCAAAACAGGUCUGCAUUGUGAAGUAGGGUUUGAAGAAGAAUAGAAGACGAGCUUAAGAAGUCAAAAUAGAGCCAUCAAUGUCAAGUUCAAUUCCAACUCCAACUCCAGGGGCGAGGCCAUCUAGAAAAGACCCAACAUGGAAGUAUGGAAUAUCGGGGAAUAAAAAGGGUGAGGUCACUUGUACUGAAUGUGGUAAAUGGAUGAUAGGGGGCAUCAAUAAAUUAAAAUACCACAUUGCAAAAAUAAUUGGACAAAAUUUGGAGAUAUGUCUUGCAUCAACUCCGGAGAUGUUUAGAGAGAUGAAAGCCCUUCUUGCUGGCUUUGAGAUGAGAAAAGAAGAAAAGCAAAAAACCAAAGAAGUCAUAGCAGCAGCAUUAUCCAGUCCUACAACAUUAGAUGCCCUUGGUGGCCCAAGUCCAAGACAACAUUCAUCUUUUGGUAAGAGUCCCGAGGUUUCUUUUUCUACUGCUAGUCAGAUUCCUCCUUUAUUGGGACCAAAUUAUUUUAUUCCACAGAAUGUUUCAGGAGCACGACCUUCACUUGAAGGUACCGGAUGGAAUAAAGAAAAACAUCACGAAGCUAGGAUGGCAGCAACAAAUUUUUGGUACUACAAUAAUUUACCUUUCAAUGCAGCAAACAACCCAUAUUUGGAAGGAUUGAUAAAUGCAUUCACAGUUAUAGGCAAGGAGUUUAAGGCCCCAACAGCUAAAGACUUGAGUGGGCCAUUGCUACAGGAAGUCAUAAAAAUUACACAAGUUGUGAUUUAUGACCAAAUUUUUUUUUGGAGGAGCAAAGGAUGUAGCAUUUUAUCAGAUGAAUCAUGACUUGACAGAUGGAGGGAAUAAGACUCUCCUAAUGGUGCUUUGUUCUUCCUGACAUCUAUAGAUGCCUCCAAUGAAAUAAAAAAUGCUGAGACUUCGUGCAAUUUAUUAGAUGAGGUGGUCCAGGAGGUUGUUGUUGACAAUGUUGUCCAAAUCAUCAUGGACAACGCAGCUGCGUAUGUAGCUGCAGGUAGAAUGCUUAUGGAGAGGCAUCCUACAAUUUCAUGGAGUCCUUGUGUUGCAGAUUGCUUGCACUUGUUGUUGGACAUUGGGAAGAUUGGAUGGGUGAAAAGUGUGGUUGAAAUACAAAAAAUGUUACCAAAUUUAUAUACAACCAUACUUGGGUUCUUUCUUUGAUGAGAAAACACACUAAUGGCAAGGACUUUGUGCGACCACGAGUGACACGAUUUGCUAGCCAUUUCUUCACAUUGCAAAGCAUUCUUGGUGCCAUUCCUCACAUCCGAAACAAAUGUUUGUGUUUGAUGCUUGGUUGGAGUUUGCAUUUUCCAAAAAAAUUGUAGCGGAGAAGAUUGUAAGUGUUGUCUUUGAUGACACAUUCAACAAAAAUGGAGAGGAGUUGA